UCACUACUAAGUGGUGCUUUGGGCCCUUUCUCACCACUCUCAACCUCUCAUCCACCACCUCUAGCAACACCACAAAUAGUCCAAUGAUUAAUUUGUCUUUUCAUACAACAGUAGAGCAAUUCUCAUACUAACACUCCCGCCUAUAAAAACCCCCCAAAAUUGUUGCUUCAUUGCACCAACCAACAAACAUUUCCCUCUUAAAACAAAAACUAAAACAUAAUGAGUAGUAGUACUCAUCACAACCAACUCUCCCUCUUCUCCAUUGUGCUCCUCCUCCUCCUCUCCUCCACCCUCUCCGCGGAGUUAUGCCACCCGGACGACAAACGAACCCUCUUCAAGAUCAAAAAAGCCUUUAACAAUGCCUACAUGUUCGCUUCUUGGACACACAACACAGACUGCUGCGGAUGGUACUUAGUCACAUGCGACGAAACCACACACCGCGUCAUCACCCUCUCCGUCAGCAAAGACGACGAGGUUGCGGGCCACAUUCCCGACACCGUCGGUGAUCUCCCUUACCUAGAGCAGCUCAUCUUAACCAACCUCCCUAAGCUCACCGGCCCAAUCCCGCACGCUAUAUCCAAGCUUAAAAACCUUAAGUACUUGUGGCUUAGCCAUAAUAAUCUCACGGGUCCAAUCCCCGACUUUGUUGGCCACCUUAGUAAAUUAACCUACAUUAACCUCUCCGUUAACAAACUCACUGGUCCUAUCCCUGCCUCGCUAUCCUCACUUAAAGAACUCGGUGCGCUCUUUUUGGAGCGCAACCAACUCACUGGACACAUCCCUGAGAGUUUCGGAAAAUUUAAGCAUCACACCGAUUUCUACGUAAAGUUAGCUAAGAACAAACUUUCAGGACCUCUUCCGAAAUCUUUAGGAGAUCCCAAUUUCGCGCUUUUAGACCUUUCUAGGAAUUCGUUUACAGGUGAUGCUUCAAUGUUGUUUGGGAAAAACAAGGAUUUGCAAACAGUGGACCUUUCUAGGAACAAAUUUUCAUUCGACUUGUCUAAAGUUGUGUUGCCAAGGAGUUUGUUUCAGCUUGAUUUGAGCCAUAAUAUGAUUUACGGGGGAAUACCAUCUAUGUUGCCGACGUUGCCGAAUCUGUAUAACUUUAACGUGAGUUAUAAUCGGUUGUGCGGUCGGAUUCCUACAGGAGGGAUAAUGAAACAGUUUGAUAAGUAUGAUUAUGCUCAUAACAAGUGUUUGUGUGGCUCUCCCUUGCCUCGUUGCAAGUGAAUCAUGUCGAACUAUUGACAGUAUUCAGUACCACUAGUCCACUAUAUACCACAUAGUAGACUAGUAGUAGUAUGAAACCAUGAAGUUGUUGUUUAUUGUUUUCCAAAUUGGAAUUUGAAGUGUCGGUGUGGAUUUUGUUAUUCAUUUCUUGUCAAUUCGUUGGCGUUUCAGAACUCAUCACCCGUUUUUAUCUAGUGUCAUGUGUUUAUUGUGCACUUCUAUGGUAUCUUGUAUUAAUAAAAUUAACUAUCUUUUCCGA